UGACGUUUUGAUUGGUCAUUAGACACAGAAACACGGCUAUUUAGAUGCCUCAGCUACUGCCAAUCACUGACGAAGGCGCACUAUUCUCCUACUCAAUAAACUUGAAUUGAGCCUCGGUUUAAAACAGCUAGAUAAAAUUGAAUGGUUGCAGACCCUAUCAGCGCAUUAAAUCAACUUGGGGACUGUCGACGAUUUCAAACACAAUCCAAUUUUUUCAACCGAGCUUGGCGUUAGAGAUGUAUUUCCUAGCUGCCAUCAUUUGUGCCCUAACCUCGCUGCCAUCAGCAGAUGCGUUUUGCGAGCGUCUAUAUAAAAAUCUCUACUGGAGCCCUAAAAGUUUAGCACAGAGAGCUCUCGACGCAGAUAUUGUUGUAUAUGGCAACAUUGCCGAAAGUCCAUGCUUAAAACCAACCUUCAAGUUUGUGAACACAACAAAUUUACCGACUCUUUCAGUCAACGGCACAAAUUCUUCCAGUAGUGUUCAAAUGACACUUCCCAGCAACACCAGCCACAUUGAUAUGCGCAACUCCACCGAUGACAACGCGACAGAUAUUUGUUUGAGGCGCGAGUUUUACAAUGUGACGAUGAAUGUUUCAUGUGUUAUCAAGGGAGGAGCAGUUCCUUCUCUCAUUCAACUGCGUUCAUUCGGGUUUGGUCCCGGCAAGUGCACAUACUUUACGAGAGGUUUUACCUACUUUGAGACAGUUCAGUCAUUCCAUGUGUACAAAGGACAAAACUAUCUCGUCUUUCUUGGGAGGCACAAAGGGAAUGGUGAUUCCAACAGUUUUUGGCCACGUGAAAUCAAUCUACAAUCAGCAGCCACGGAAAUUAUAGAUGAGAAGUAUCUAGAGCCCGUUUUCGCGGCAGUUGGCGGUCAUGCGCACAGCCCUGAGGGAGUGUCAGAGUCUCAUAGCAUUUGUGUACCAUACGUUGGCGGUGCAUCGACACACUACAUAAAAUAUUCUUUCCUACUGUUGGUGCUUGCCUUCGGAAUUUUUUUGAUAUAGGCCGAAACAUGUCUUCGAAAUAUGUGGGUGUUUCUUACGGGUCACUUAAUGUUUUAGAGAGCGACUCGACUCUUUCUAGGCAAUCAGCGCGAGAAGAGCCAGCUGUUAAAUGACAGACUUAAAAUUAAAUACUAAUACUGGAAAUGGAGCUCGUUUGUUUAAAAUAUAAAAUUAAGAAACAAAAAGAGGACAAAAAUAGCUCACAAGAUCGUUACUGAGAAAGGUGGAAGAGUCCCAAGGUAACCGUUUGUGAUGACAUGAAAAUAUUUCUCUUCGGUUACCCUGACUAACAAGGCCAUCAUUGUUGCUGCUUUAGACAUGGCUACGUAAAAUUUGCCUUCUAAUCACAGAUUUACAAAGUAUCAAAAGUGACUCAUCGAAAGCCUCUGUACAAUAGAGUCUACUUUGUAAACGCAGGGUCCGAUGUAGAAUGUUAUUUUUGCCAAUUACUGCUGUCUUUGUGAUCUCAGACAUCAAACGGUUCAUGUACGUACAAGAUCCUGUUUGUUUAAUUUCUAUUCAUUUUUACAAUGAAAUAAACUUCUCAUGAAUUCCCAUCAGUAAAGAACCUCACUGUA